CUUCUCUCUUCCAUCAUCAUCAUCAUCAUCAUCAUCAUCCUCCACCUUCUACUUCUUCUCAGCUUUCCCAUAGGGUCCAUUGAUUUUGCAACCAUGGAUUAUGAUCUGGUUCGUUCCAAGAAGAGUAUCAAACGAGCAGAAUCCACCAAAUCAAAUCCAUGGUGGUGGGAUAGUCAUAUCGGUCUCAAAAAUUCUAAGUGGCUUGAGAAUAAUCUCGAUGAGAUGGACCGGAGCGUGAAACGGAUGGUGAAGUUGAUAGAGGAGGAUGCAGAUUCGUUUGCCAAGAAGGCAGAGAUGUAUUACCAGUCAAGACCUGAGCUUAUUAGCCUUGUCGAGGAGUUUCACCGUAUGUACCGUGCUUUGGCAGAGCGGUACGAGAACAUCACUGGAGAGUUGAGAAAAGGCUCUCCUUUAGAGCUUCAGUCACAGGGGUCUGGCCUUUCCGACAUCUCUGCCUCUGACCUCACUGCUUUUUGGACUUCUAAUGAGCUUAAUAGGUUAGGCCGUCCCCCUUCUGGACGACGUGCUCCUGGUUUUGAAUACUUCCUUGGCAAUGGAGGACUUCCCUCUGAUCUUUAUCACAAAGAUGGAGAUGAUUCUGCUUCCAUUACUGAUUCUGAACUUGAAUCUGAUGAUUCUUCUGUCACUAAUUACCCUGGUUAUGUGAGCAUCGGCUCUGACUUUCAGUCCCUUAGCAAGAGGAUCAUGGAUCUUGAGACUGAACUACGUGAAGCCAAAGAAAGACUUAGGAUGCAACUUGAAGGGAACACCGAGAGCUUGUUGCCGAGGGUGAAAAGUGAGAGUAAAUUUGUUGAUUUCCCCGCAAAACUUGCUGCUUGUGAGCAAGAACUAAGAGAUGCAAAUGAGAAGUUACAGAAUUCAGAAGACCAAAUCUAUAUGUUAAAGAGUCAGCUUGCAAGAUACUUGCCAUCUGAGUUGGAUGAUGAACGGGACGAAGGGGCAGCUUCCACCCAAGACCUGGACAUUGAGACUUUGUCUGAAGAGCUGAGAAUUACAAGCCUGAGGCUUCGGGAGGCAGAGAAACAAAACGGUAUCAUGCGAAAAGAAGUCGAGAAAAGCAAGUCUGAUGACGCGAAACUCAAGAGUCUGCAAGGCAUGCUUGAGUCGGCACAGAAAGAAGCUGCAGCAUGGAAAAGCAAGGCUAGUGCAGAUAAAAGAGAGGUGGUGAAGCUGCUGGAUAGAAUCUCCAUGUUGAAAUCGAGUUUAGCAGGUAGAGAUCAUGAGAUCAGGGAUUUAAAGACAGCACUGUCUGACGCAGAAGAGAAGAUUUUCCCGGAGAAGGCACAGGUCAAAGCCGAGAUAGCAAAGCUGUUGGAAGAAAAAAUACACCGGGAUAACCAGUUCAAAGAGCUGGAAGCCAAUGUGCGUUAUCUUGAAGAUGAGAUAAGAAGGGUGACCAAUGAGAAAAUAGAAGAGGAGGAAAAGCUGAAGGGCGAAAUCGAGGUGCUGACACUGGAAAAGGUAGAGAAAGAGAGAUGCAUAGAAACGUUAAACAAAAAGGUGAGUGAGCUAGAGUCAGAGAUAACUCGACUUGGAAGUGAAAUAAAAGCGAGAGAUGAUAGGACAAUGGAGAUGGAGAAGGAGGUAGAGAAGCAGAGGAGGGAACUAGAAGAAGUAGCAGAAGAGAAGAGGGAAGUGAUAAGACAGCUCUGUUUUUCACUAGACUACUCCAGAGACGAAUGCAAGAGACUACGCAUAGCCUUUUCAGGGUAUCGACCAACAGCACCAUCAUCCAUUCUUGCUUCUUAAUUCUUAUGUAUAGUAUACUCUUUGUAACUUUGUUGGUGAUACUUUCACAUAUAGGGAGCUGUUUUGAGAUCGGUUUGGAAAAAAGAAAAAGAAAAAGGCUCAUAAGAUUUGUGAACAGUUUGUGUUUGAUUUUAGCUAUGCAUUAUAUAGUUUUGAGUUCUGAAA